AUGGAGAAACGUUACGAGGUAAUGCAUGUGCUUGGUUCCGGCUACUAUGGUGUGACUAAGCUGGCCAAAAACAUCAAAACAAGAGAACAUGUUGCUAUUAAAUACAUUGAAAGAGGAAAUAGGAUUGAUAAGAAUGUCGAAAGGGAGAUAAUUAAUCAUAGAUCUUUAAGCCAUCCACAUAUCAUCAAGUUUAAAGAGGUAUUUGUGACACCUACACAUUUAGCAAUUGUUCUUGAGUAUGCUGCUGGUCGUACACUUUUUGCUAGUCUGUGCUCUGCUAGUAGAUUCAGUGAAGAUGAGGUAAGAUAUUUCUUUCAACAACUAAUAUCUGGAGUCUACUACCUUCAUUCCAUGCAAAUUUGUCAUAGAGAUUUGAAAUUGGAGAACUCUCUAUCGGAUGGAAGUCCAGCUCCUCGACUCAAAAUUUGUGACUUUGGAUCAUCUAAGUCUUCUUUACUGCACUCUGCACCUAAAUCAAUGGUUGGAACUCUUGCAUACGUUGCACCAGAGGUUUUGUCUAGACAGGGGGAGUAUGAUGGAAAGAUUGCAGAUGUUUGGUCAUGUGGUGUUACUCUUUAUACCAUGUUAGUUGGAUCAUACCCAUUUGAAGAUCCACAAGAUCCUCAAAAUUUCGCAAAGAUUAUGAAGAAAAUAAUUAAUGUUGAAUACUCCAUACCUGACAAGGUACAUAUAUCUGCGGAGUGUAGGCAGCUCCUCUCUAGUAUCUUUGUUGUCAAUCCAGCUAAGAGGAUUAUAAUCUCAGCAAUAAAACAACACCCUUGGUUUUUGAAGAACUUGCCUAGAGAAGUUAUUCAGGCUGAUAGAAAAUGUUACAAAGAAACACCAGACCAAUUAUCAAGCCAACAAAGUGUGGAAGAAAUCAUGCGAAUUGUCCAAGAAGCAAGAACAACACCUAGACCAAGUUCACAGGAUCAAGAUUGUCAGAAUUUUAUUUUUACGUCAACUCGUUUUGGUUAA